UUGAACGAAGUGCGUAUGAAAUAGUGUAAAUCCUGUUAAAAAUUUCGUCACUUCCCAUCGUAUUUCAAUUUCUUCCAAUAUCAAAGAUUCAUUACAUCGUCGUAGCGAUCGGUUGACAUACUACUACGCAAACUACUACUACUAUCGCCAAAAAGUGGUCGCCAUUUCUUUUCUUCUGCACUUAUUCGCACUCCAGUAGGCAAUCGACUACCCGCCAUACCACGCGUGGGAAACUAAGCUCCAGCGAAUCAGCAUUACAGGCGCUGAACAUUGUGUGAAACAAAAUUCUUUCCGAUAUUAGUGUGUGGUUGAAUUGCAAUUCCUUUACUUUCCCAGCAUUGAAUGUACCGGGUGUAUCGAACCUCGUUAAAUAGUAGAAUAACGCGGUUAGCCCCAAAAUGCUCGAUUUCAUCCGGCCCCUACAGAACCUGCUGCAGAUAAAGCCGGUCAAUUCGACCGAUCUCGUAUGGCGAUUGCACAGCCGAGUGACGGUGUACCUGUUGCUCUUCGCAUCGCUGCUUCUGUCGGCCCAGCAAUACUUUGGCAAGCCGAUCCAAUGCGUUACCGGCGGUGGACAAGUGACCGAAUCGACGAUGAACGACUUCUGCUGGAUAAUGGGGACCUACGUUAGCAAGGAUCCAAGUUUUGUGCUGGAUAGUACCGAUUUGGUAAAAAUAAGUGCCAAAAUUGGCAACAUUCCAGAGGAAGACCGAUCAUACCAGAAGUACUACCAGUGGGUAGUGUUCAUUUUGGCCUUGCAGGCGUGUUUUUUUACACUCCCAAACAUCCUGUGGAAAGUCUGGGAAGGUGGCCGUUUGCAGGCUCUUUGCGAAGGAUUAACCUCCCCUAUUGUGCCGGAUCAAUGGGAACAGUGUCGUAAGAAAAAACUCGUCGCCUACUUAUCCGCCGAAUGCCCGCAGCUCUAUCACAGCUAUCUAGUGCGCUAUUGCUUCUGUAUGGUGCUCAACUUUGGCAACGUGAUGUUGAACAUAUUCUUUCUCAACACGAUCUUCUCCGGAUUCUGGAUGAACUAUCAUCCGGCCGUGCGUGCUCUGAUGGCGUUCGACUUUCCUGCCUGGAACCGGUAUAACUCGCUGGUGUUCCCAAAGAUGGCCAAGUGCGAUUUCCACUUCAUUGGCCCGAGCGGGUCCAAGCAGAACCGUGACGCGCUCUGUCUACUGUCACUGAACGUGGUAAACGAGAAGAUUUUCGCCUUCCUGUGGGUUUGGUUUAUCGUGCUGGCCAUUGUAUCCGCGCUCAAUCUGCUGUACUGGAUGGUGCUUCUAUGCAGCAGGGGUUUCCGUCUUUGGCUGCUAACGUCUCAACUGCAGCCCAUCCGGGCGGGAGUUGUCGUCCGGGCCCUGCAGGGCCACGGUACCGGUAAGUGGUUUGUACUCUACCAACUGUGCCGUAAUUUGAAUCCCAUCAUGGGUCGCGAGCUUCUGGUGGGCGUUUCGCGAGUGAACAGUAACAACCAGAAAACGUACCGCAAGCAAAAGGAAUGUGAACCCGAUUUCUUCACCAUGGCUCCGGAUGGUAUGCUAGAGGAGGAUGAAGCGGAUGUUUAAAGAUUACAGGAUCUUUGCGCACGGUUAGUCGUAUCAGAGAUACACUCGAAACGAGGCAGGAACAAAAGGCUUGUACAAUCAAAACGAAACAUUAUUCCGCAUAAUCGAACUGCCAUAUAAUAUUUAAUUUUCGUUUAUUUUCACAUAUUCAAACUCAUCAGUUUUGACAUUCCCUUCGAUCAAGUACGAUAUAGUAAGGCGUACACUGUAGUACUUAAAUGUCUCUAGUUAGUUUGCUUAAAAAGGAUGUUGAUUUUGAAUUGUUUAUAGGAAGGUUGCAAAUUAUCCGAGCUUUUAAAUAUGGUCAAAACCGCUGGUCUUAGGUUGAGCGCCAUGUAUAACACUAAAAGAAAGCUUAGAAAAUGUUCCGAAAUGCAUUAACCGAAACUCUCGUGUGUUCCUGCGCUAGCGCAAUCAGAAUUACAAAAUCCAUGCCGCGGAGAAAAACAGUGGUAAUUGAGAUAUCAGUGAGAUAAAUUUAGUAGUUGUAUGUGCCUUUCUCAGAACUGAUUUUCUUACGAAGAAAUAUGUAUAAGGUACAUUUGUGCCGAACGAGAACUAAUGGAACGGGUUAAUAAAACAUUUGAACAUAAUAUUCC